AUGGUAUUGUCUAGACAACGUUCACCCGACAUUGUCCAAACUUGGAAAUUUUCUGCAAAAGUGUUGUCGCUUGAUGGUGCUUUGGGUGGAAGGCACUGGAAGCUCCAUUUUAAUAAUCCCCCUCAAAUUCUUCUCCCCGAAACCCUAAUUCCCCCACAAAUUACGAACCCCCAAAUUCUCAUCCGGCGAGACUCCCUCAGCCCCCGCCGCCGCGGUAGCAAGAAAUCCCACCCCACCGCGUUGACACCUCCGUCUUCUUCAUCCAAGAAGAACCCAAGCGGCCCACCAAAGCAAACGAAGCCCCGAGCACCCCCGCUGUUUCCGACCAAAUCCCCGACGCUGACAACGCUGAAACGAGCUAUGCUGGAGACGGUCCAGCGAGUUAGACUCGUGCUUCACCAGAAGGAAGAAAGCAUGCAGGAGGAGUGCACUAGACCCCAGCGAGCGAGGGUCCCGUAG